AUGAGCCUUGAUGAGGAUGCACGCUGGCUAGAAUGGGUCACCAAGCAGUUCGAGAGCAUCGCUGGAGAGGACAAGGAGAUCGACCUGGAUGAGUUCAAGACCGCGCUCAAAGUCAAGGAGUCGUUCUUUGCGGAGCGGUUCUUUGCCCUGUUUGACUCGGAUGGCAGCAGCACGAUCAGCCUGGACGAGCUCUUGAAGGCGCUGGACCUGCUCAUCCAUGGGAGUGAGACCGACAAGCUGCGGUUCCUCUUCCAGGUGUACGACGUCGAUGGCAGCGGUUCCAUUGACCCGGAUGAGCUGCGGACGGUGCUCAAGUCCUGCCUGCGGGAGAGCGCCAUCUCUCUGCCGGAGGAGAAGCUGGAUGACCUGACCCUGGCCUUGUUCGAGUCUGCUGACAAGGACAACAGCGGCUCCAUCACCUUUGAGGAGCUGAAGGCGGAGCUGGAGAGCUUCCCUGAGGUCAUGGAGAACCUCACUAUAAGCGCCGCCAACUGGCUGAAGCCCCCGGCCACGGAGCAGAAGAAGCGCCACACGCCGCGGUACCUGACCCCGGCCUACUGGCACAACAACAGCCGCAAGCUGCUCUUCCUGUGCGCGUACGCCUGCCUGAACGCCCUGCUCUUCAUCGUGGCCGCUCUCCACAAUGCCCCCGGCGGGCCCUGGCUCAUGGUGGCCAAGGGCUGCGGGCAGUGCCUCAACUUCAACUGCACCUUCGUCAUGGUGCUGAUGCUGCGGCGCUGCCUCACCUGGCUCAGGGCCACUUGGGUGGUUCGGGUGCUGCCCCUGGACCAGAACAUCCUGCUCCAUCAGAUCGUGGGCUACGCCAUCUUCAGCUUCACCCUGCUGCACACAACCGCUCACGUCUUCAACUUCGUGACGCUGUCCCAGCGUGACGGCGCCCACCAGCUGUGGGAGUACCUGUUCACCACGCGGCCUGGGAUCGGCUGGGUGGGCGGGACAGCUUCCAUCACCGGAGUGGUACUGCAGUUCAUCAUCAGCCUCAUGGUGGUGUGCUCCAGCACAUUCGUACGCCGCAGCGGCCAUUUUGAGGUGUUCUACUGGUCUCACCUGUCCUACGUCUGGGUGUGGGCCCUGCUGGUGGUCCACUGCGCCAACUUCUGGAAGUGGUUUGUGGCACCAGGGGUGAUCUUCCUGCUGGAGAAGCUGGUGGGCAUUGCGGUGUCUCGCAUGGGUGGACUCUACAUAGUGGAGGUCAACCUGUUGCCAUCCAAGGUGACCCAUCUGGUGAUCAAACGACCGCAGUUUUUCCAUUUCAAGCCGGGAGACUACGUCUAUGUCAACAUACCAGUCAUCGCCAAGUAUGAAUGGCAUCCCUUCACCAUCAGCAGUGCCCCGGAGCAGCAAGACACAUUGUGGCUUCAUGUCCGUUCCAUGGGCCAGUGGACUAAUCGCCUCUUUGAGUACUUCCGGCAGCCAGAGACCCAGACGGUCAGCACAAAAAGACUGACCACCAGCCUGAGGGACCGACAACAUCAGAGGAAAACCCAGAUCUCAGCAAAGCUAAACGACAAUCACAGGUUUUGUAACAUAAAAUGUUAUGUAGAUGGGCCGUAUGGUACCCCUACACGGCAGAUCUUUGCCUCCGAGCAUGCUGUCCUGAUUGGAGCCGGAAUCGGGAUCACACCUUUUGCCUCCAUCUUGCAGAGCAUUAUGUACCGCUAUCGAAUGAGGAAGCAGAAUUGCCCCAACUGCAACUACUCGUGGUGUGAGACCAUCAAGGACAGUGAGAUGAAGUUGCGGAAGGUGGAUUUCAUUUGGAUCAACAGAGACCAGAAAUCCUUUGAGUGGUUUGUGAGUCUCCUGACAAAACUAGAGAUGGACCAAGCAGAUGCUGAGCCAGAGGGCCGCUUCCUGGAGAUGCAUAUGUACAUGACAUCAGCCCUGAGCAAAAACGACAUGAAGGCUAUUGGACUGCAGAUGGCGUUGGACCUGCUGGCCAAAAAGGAGAAGCGAGACUCCAUCACAGGGCUGCGCACCCGUACCCAGCCAGGAAGACCAGAGUGGGGCAAGGUUUUCCAGAAGGUUGCGGAAGAGAAGAAGGGGAAGGUCCACGUGUUCUACUGCGGCUCGCCUGCCCUCGCCAAGCUCAUCAAAGCCCACUGCGAGCAGUUUGGCUUCAAGUUCUACAAAGAGAACUUCUGA